CAGUAGCUCGGAAUUUAAAAUGGAUGCGAACUCAAAUAUCGACUCAGCGGCAAAUUUCACUGAAAAUUUUUCCAAAGAAAAUAUUAACAAUGAAAUUAGAAGUACAAUUGACACAUCGAGCGAAGAAGUUACUGUUCACCACGAAAAGGAAGAGACUUCACCUUUAAUUUUACAAGAAACGACGUUUGAAUCAUGUAUAAGAUUUUAUGGAUGCCCCAUUUUACCUCCAAUUUUAAGUCUCAAGGAUCGAGAAGAAAUGCUAAAAUAUAAAGAAUUGGCAAAAACUGCCGAAAUAAAUUUAAGAAAUAAAAGACGUAAGAAACUUGUCGAUAAAGUAACAUCGGUUUUAAAUACUAUAGAGGAAAGAAAGACAAUUAAAACCUUACCCAUAGAAAACCCUUCUGAGAGUUCUGAUACUGAGAGUACAAGUAGCAGUGCACCAACAAGGACAAACUCAACUAUUUUAAGCGACGAAAAUGAAGAUAUUACUAAUCCUAAAACUGAAAAUUUAAUGUCAUCUGAUAGCGGAAUCUCAUCUAAAAUGCGUACAAAUGAAUCUAAGUCUCUAGCCAGUACUGGAGUAACACUAUGUCCUGAUUUAGAAGGAAGUGCCUUGCUAGCAAAUGUUUCGUUACACGAUGAAACGGCUUCUACGGUCUGUAGUGAUAACGAGGACCAAGAAACAUCUAAGAGCUUAAUGAUAAAACCACUUGAAAAUAAAACCACGGAAGACGAUGAAGAAAGUAAUCACUCAACCGACUCAAAAACAAGCUAUACAUUAGAAUCCCCUUGUGCAGCUCUGCAAGAGCAAUAUGAAAAAGGUCUCGUUUCUGAUAAUAUGGAUCUGGAAUUAACUCACAGUUUUAGUGAGGAGAAUCAUAAGAGAGCAGAAAAUGAGGAUCAACCGACAGAUUGCUCUGUAGAAUUGGAUGAAGAAGAUGAAGAAUAUGUUAUACCCUCGAUACCUUUAAACGAAUUUGAAAAACCUCAAGAAAUUGUUUUAGAAAACUCUGAAGUAGAUUCAAAUGGAAAUACUUCGAGUAAUGUUUUAGAUGAAGAUGAACAUAAUAAUUUAAUGUGUUUAGCAGAAAUGUAUGCCAACCAGGAAGCGAAAGAUGACAGUGAGAUCUCCAAUAGUGAAGUUACAGUUGAUCAACCAACUUGUAUCGAAAAGCUAAAUGAAUUACCUAUCGAAAAUCCAAAAAAUACUAGCGAGAUUGUUGCUUCAAGUGAUGUAAAUAUUGAUGAUGUUGAAAGAUCUGAACAAAUGGCAAUAGAAUCAACGAAAAUUGAAGAAAAUGCCACUAAAAAGAAUAUUCCUAAUUUAUCCGAUCAAUCUCCUUGCUAUCGCUUGCAACGACGGCAGUUGCUAGAGGAGGAAUCUGAAAUGAGGAAACAACAUUUAAAGAGAUAUUUAGAAGAAUUAAGUCGAAUGCCUCUGCCAGGAGAUGAAAUUGUAGUUGAAAAACGAAGCGUUGAAGAUCUAGUGAACUUUUUAAAUUCGAAAGUUUUGGAUCAAGAUUUAAUAAAUCAAAAAGUUAAUUUGCGACGACUAAUUGAUGAUCAUGACGAAAUGAUAAGUACUUUAUCGAAAUCGGAAAUAAAAGAAUUAGAAAACUCUCUUUUUGAAAAAAUGAAAGAAAGAUUAUUGUCGAUGAGAGAUGAUUUUGUAACAAGUACACCAAUAGAAAAUACUCCCGAAAGGCCUACAAAUACCUCGAACAGACUUAUUUUAUCUGAAGAUGAGCUCCAUCGCCGUUUUUGUAAAUUUUCUGCUGUUGUUAAAGGUUACCUAACUAGAAAGUUGUUGUAUACUGAAAAGGUUCAGGGCUUAUUGUGCACUGUUAAAGACACAGCAGAUUUUGCUCUUCAUUUUGAACAAGAUUCUACUUUAAGAGAGCCAACAGCAGCAGAAAGAAUGCUGCAAGAAAGGGUUCUUUCUCAAUUGACGGCCGCUAUGUACAAUCUGCACUAUUUGUUUAUUGAGAGUUCGCCAGCUGAGAGAAUGAAAACCAUCAGUCUUGACAGAGAAAGAAAAUUGUCAGAAAAAAAGAAACUAAGUGAGAAAAAAUUGAGUACGGCAACUAUAAAAAGACGAUCAAGAAUAGAAAGCCGAGAAGGGAAGAGUGUGAAAAGACCCAAGGCAAUAUCAAAAACUUUAAAGCCCACUUUAUGUAAAAGUCCGGAAAAAUUAGAUAAAGAAGCUUUAAAUAGGAGUAAAAAAGCAGCUACUAUGAGAGUUCAGAGAAAAUUAUUAUUAGAUGAAAUCGAAAAAGAGUGUGCUACUUUAGCACAAACUAAGAAAAAACAACCACCAUCUGAAAAAUCUGCCAAAAAAUCAAUGACGAGAAAAACUGCGUUGACAACUAAGCCAAUGGUUAGACACAUUGCUUCUGCGAAACGAUAA